AUGAAGGAAUAUCAAGUAUAUUUAGAACGAGCUAGAUCUCGCCAACAGGACUUCCUAUACCCACUUAUUUUCCGGGAGUAUAUUUAUGGACUUGCUUAUAGUCAAAAUUUUAAAAGAUCCAGUUUUGUGGAAAAUUUAGGUUAUGACAGUAAAUAUAGUUUACUAAUUGUAAAACGUUUAAUUAGUCGAAUGUAUCAACAGAAUCAUUUGAUCAUUUCGGCUAAUGAUUCUAACAAAAAUCCAUUUUGGGGAUAUAAUAAGAAUUUUAAUUCUCAAAUAAUAUCAGAGGGUUUUGCCAUCGUCGUGGAAAUCCCAUUUUUCCUACAAUCUGGCUCUUCCUUAAAGGAAUCAGAAAUUAUAAAAUCUUAUAAAAAUUUGCGAUCAAUUCAUUCCGUUUUUCCCUUUUUGGAGGAUAAAUUUACAUAUUUAAAUUAUGUGUCAGAUAUAAGAAUACCCUAUCCUAUCCAUCUGGAAAUCUUAGUUCAAAUCCUUCGAUACUGGGUGAAAGAUGCCCCUUUUUUUCAUUUAUUACGGUUGUUUGUUUAUAAUUUUUGUAAUUGGAAUAGUUUUAUUACUACCAAAAAAUCGAUUUAUACUUUUUCAAAAAGUAAUCCAAGAUUAUUCUUGUUCCUCUAUAAUUUUUAUGUAUGGGAAUAUGAAUCUAUCUUCCUUUUUCUACGUAAUAAAUCCUCUCAUUUACGAUUAAAAUCUUUUAGCGUUUUUUUUGAGCGAAUUUUUUUUUAUGCAAAAAGAGAACAUCUUGUAGAAGUUUUUGCUAAGGAUUUUCCAUAUACUUUAAAAUUCUUCAAGGAUCCUCUCAUUCAUUAUGUUAGAUAUCAAGGAAAAUCCAUUCUGGCUUCAAGGAAUGCGCCUAUUUUGAUGAAUAAAUGGAAACAUUAUUUUCUCCAUUUAUGGCAAUGUUUUUUUGAUGUUUGGUCUCAACCAGGAACGAUUAAGAUAAACCAAUUAUCCCAACAUUCAUUUCAGCUUUUAGGCUAUUUUUCAAAUGUGCGGCUAAAUCGUUCAGUGGUACGGAGUCACAUGCUGCAAAAUACAUUUCUAAUCGAAAUUGUUAGAAAAAAACUAGAUAUAAUAGUUCCAAUUAUUCCUCUAAUUAGAUCAUUGGCUAAAGGGAAAUUUUGUAAUGUAUUAGGGCAUCCCAUUAGUAAGCCGGUCUGGGCCGAUUCAUCCGAUUUGGAUAUUAUUGACCGAUUUUUGCGAAUAUGCAGAAAUCUUUCUCAUUAUUACAAUGGAUCCUCAAAAAAAAAAAGUUUGUAUCAAAUAAAAUAUAUACUUCGGCUUUCUUGUAUUAAAACUUUGGCUUGUAAACACAAAAGUACUGUACGCGCUUUUUUGAAAAGAUCAGGUUCAGAAGAAUUAUUGGAAGAAUUCUUUACAGAGGAAGAAGAGAUUCUUUCUUUUAUUUUUCCAAGAGAUUCUUCUACUUUACAGAGGUUACAUAGAAAUAGGAUAAAUCGUAUUUGGUAUUUGGAUAUUCUUUUCAGCAACGAUCUGGUCAAUCAUGAAUGA